AUGGUCGAGCUGCAGCCUGACGACCACCCACACAUCCAGGAUCUUCUCACAUGGGCCGAGGGAGCGCGCCGGCUAGGUACCGGAGGUGCGGGGCUCGAAACAGAUCGGCCAUUCAUUCCAGUUUCAGAAAUCGAGGCCUACUUUCAGGACAAUCGACCAGUAAAGAAGCUCCUGGCAGCUCUAUUUCCCCAUGACCCUCCCCAGGUGGAUCCUGAGACCAUCCGGAAAAAUUAUGCCAAAGUCUUCCUCAUACUUGUACUUACCGGCAAUGGACGUUUCAUCGUAUCUUUUGUCCGCCAUGACAGCCUGUGCGAUCGAUACCUGCCCUUCACGUCUCGACCUGCUCGUUUUCCACCAUCGACCGCAAACGCUGGAUUCUUCGAAUCGUUCUACCACCGACAGUGGGAAUUCUGCGCCCCAAUCCUUCAAUACGGAAUGAAUGUGCAGUUUGAUGAAAAGGAUUUGAUACUGCCAAUCAUAUAUAAAAAGAAGCUCGGACACGGCGGCAGUUCAAUCGUCCACAAGAUCGAAUUGCAUCCGGCGUAUAAUAAGUUAGGCCGUGAGGCUCCUUCUCGAGAGGGCUCAAACGAUCAGGACACUCACACCUUCGUAUUGAAGACGUACAACACUCCCGAUGCCGAACGCUAUUAUCAGAACGAAGUGAGCGGGUUUCUAAAUCUCAACUAUGUUGGAGGACCCAAUGCCAACAUCAUUGGCUUUCACGGGAGCUUUGUCCGAGAUGGAACAUACAAUGUGUUGUUGGAAUAUGCAGAUAGAGGGACCCUGGAACAAUACUUCGACACUAUCCAACCCCCUUCUAGCGGUGAAGACACCAUAAAGUUUUGGCGCGGAUUAUUCAAGACUUUUGGGGCUCUGGUCGCCAUUCACAGUGUGCAGCCGAGCGACUCUGCAGCGUCAUCCGACGCAUCCAUAUUUCAAGGAUGGCAUCAAGACAUCAAACCUUCCAACAUACUCGUGAAGAGUAAGAACGGAGGAUCAGACUAUGACUGUGAGUUCAAGCUUGCCGACCUUGGGUUGAGCCAUUUCAAAAAACACGUACCGUCACAAGGAGACGCAACCGAUAGAGACACUUAUGGUACUCGCGCGUACGGUAGGCUACACUCCGACAAAUUGUCCGACUUCACCCUGGCUGACGGUUGUUCAGGUGCCCCGGAGUGCUAUAGAGCUGACAGCGACAUCGAGAAAAUUCGCUUUCUUGUAAAGCAGAACGUAGACAUCUGGAGCCUUGGCUGCACUCUCAGUGAGGCAGCAGUAUGGGUUGUUCACGGAAAAGGUGGAUUGAAAGAAUACCGCCGACGACGUGGAAUUGAGACUGCCCGAAUCCCAGGCUUCAGAGAUGGCAAUUGUUUUCACGACGGGCGGGAAGUGCUUGCUACUGUCAUGGGGAUGCACAGAAAUCUCCCUGAUGACAUACGUCCCCGCGACCACGUCUCUGGAACAACGGUGGACAUGGUGACGAAACAGAUGUUGAUAGAGGCGAAUAGUAGGACACCUGCGAAAUCUUUGAGUUAUCAAACCAAGUGGAUUUUGGAAGAUGCAGAGUCUAAGCUGAAAAGAUCUGGGUCGUAUACGGGUACUGGCAGCAACGACUCCAGAACUGGUGCCCAAUCGCCACCUCGCACACCUCCCGAGCCACCGCCUGGACACGUUCAAAGUCGUUCCAGCAACUCCCACAGCCAACACUUACCCUCACACAAAAGCGCUGGUAGUCCAGCGAGUAUAUCGUAUGAUGAGGAUAAGGCUCAUCACCAAGAGCCCGUCGAUGAUUUCGUCGGCAAAAGGGCAUCCCGGCAAGUGCACUACAGCGAUCGGCCGACCCGGCAACAAAGUAUAGGCCUGGUCAGUAAUCCAAGCUAUUCCGAAUCCGAGGACCAAUAUCAAAUCCCUGAAAACCGUUUGAAUCGCGCCUUCACCGAAGUCGAUCUAUCGCAAGACAACCCUUCUAGUCCCUCGUGGCAGGAACCACAGAGUACACAUCGCAAGCGACGCCGAACUACAUCUGAUCUGUUCUCGGGUGCUAAUACUAGGAACGGCCCUCAUAUGUUUUCCCACGACCGACGAGAGACCUACGACCUCAAUCAGCGCGAUACACCCACGGCUCCACCAGGAGGAGUGUCAAGAGCUAGUACUGCGACGUUGGUUCAAGAUCGACACAAUGGCUCACGAGGCGGCCAACACCAUCCAAACAUUGGUUCAGGAAUGCAGCACCCCAGAUUCGUAUCAAUUGGUUCAUCCAACGUUCCCCCUCCUAUAGAAACCCGGUCAAGGCAACGCCCUCCUUCUCUGUCUCUCACCGACGCUCAGCAGUGGAAAAAGGACAAAAAGGAGCAUAGACCUGUCAGGCUGCCUCAUGAUGAUCUUCUGGCAGAUCUGAACGAGAGGGAUCACGUCUUUUUAAUCGACAACUCCCUCUCCAUGCGACCUUAUCGUAGAGAAGUGGAGAAUCUUUUCGGGUUGCUUGGAUAUAUACCCGGCUGCGACCCAGCCCCAAUGAUCAAAAAGCUGGUGGGCAGCCUCGAGCAGAAUUUUAUGGAGAGAGAACAGUUUGGAAUCCAGUUCAUCCGUUUCGGCAAUGACCCUGACGGUAUCAAUCGCCUCAAUCAGCUGGACUCCGGCUUGGGCCUAUCAAUGGACAUUGUCGAUACAGAGCAUUCGGAUGGGAACGUCUGGAAGAUGCUUCUCGGCGCGGUCAAUGACUGGUUUGACGACGAUGAUGUCAACGCCGACAGCAGUGCGGUAGCUUCCCCAGUUGUCGAUGCAUCUGCUGGCACGAACGGUCUACAUCACUUUGAAAGGCGACCUAGACACACGUAG